AGGCUUUCAAAGCGGUAGUUUCGACACAUGAGCUCAUCGCAACCUCUCAAAGUUCAACAGAUGAGUGGCGUGUCCUAAGUUUGUUCGUACUUUCGGACGGUAUGUGACGUCUACAGCUCUGCCAUAUAUUCGUCCGUUCUUUCUGGAAGUACCUGUGUGGCUCACAUGUAGGUGGCAUGUACCAUACGUUCAAUACACACAACAAGGCCCAUUCUUGUGCAACUUAAUCCAUACUUUUAGCUAGCUACUGGUCUAUUUGCUAACUCGACUAAAAAGUGUGCGGUAUUGAGCCGUCUUCUACGUGCAAUCAAAUCAGUAAAAUUGAGUACAAAAUGAAGACUCGAGAAUUACGGAUCCCGUUGCCCAUGACUGUGGAUGAUUAUUUGAUUGCUCAAAAUUGGUCAUUCAAUGAGCAAAGUCGCCGUGAAACAGGGGGUGGUGAAGGUGUUGAGAUCGUCAAGAACGAACCUUUCUCUGGUCAAUCUUUCCUGUAUGGGAAAUAUGACACUGGUCAAUACACCUACAAGAUCUAUCAUGUUGAAACCAAGGUUCCAACUCUAGUCAGGGCAAUUGUGAAGCCCAUCAUUGGCAAGAAUGGCUUUCAGCUCCAUGAAGAAGCGUGGAAUUGUUAUCCGUAUUGCAAGACUGUCAUCAGUAACCCAGGUUAUAUGAAGGAUAACUUCAAGGUUGUCUUGGAAAGUAUUCAUCUCCCUGAUGCUGGAAACACCUCCAAUGCAUUGGGCAUGGAUCCCGAAGCUUACAAGAAGAUCGAUCACGUCACUCUCGACAUCAUUGCUGACAAAUGUUCCUUGAGAGAUAAAGCCUUCGAUCCCGUCACUUAUUGCUCCAAGAAGGCUAAUCUGGGGCCUUUGAACGCCAAGACCUGGAGAGAGACCACGCAACCUAUCAUGACGUGCUACAAGUUCAUCACGGUUCAGUUCAAGUGGUUUGGCAUCCAGAACAAGAUGGAAAACGUCAUCUUGGACCAAUACACCAAGAUGUUACUCGCUCUGCAUCAACAAAUGUGGUGCUGGACCGACGAAUGGUUAGGAAUGACAAUGGAUGACAUUCGAAAGCUGGAAGAAGACACCAAGGACGAGCUUCAUAACCAGAUCAAAGAGAAGCAAAAGCGAGGAACCACCAAUUUGGAUUGAACAGGUCUACUACUCAAAUGCCGUAGAUCAAUAAUUGCAAUAGUUACCAAACAAUUUGAGUGAGAAGAUUCAAAUGCGGAAAAUGGAAACGAACCGUUAUUGGAAUAAAUCUUGAAUUGUGAUAUAAAACAA